AGGUAUCCAAUCGGCAGAGCGCUCGAAAUGGUGUUAACCAAUCGCGGCGCAGGAGGGGAAUGCCAGUAGCCAAUCGUGGCUCAGGAGGCGGCUUGCUAGCGCGGUUAGCUGAGCGGCUCGGCUACAUUUAUUUAUACCUGACAGACGUUUCCAGGCGAAUCCCAGUUAACUAAACUGGUGUAGGCUGGAUUUUUCACUUAAUUUCGUUUUAGAGGAGAGGAAUGAUUACAUUUAACUCAAGCUUUUGCUCCCAUAAUCGGCAAGACGAGCUCUGAGCUCUUCCUCUGCUCCAUGUGUCCACUUUCCCACACAGUUCAAAUGUACCUCCAUAAACGCAUCAGGAGAGACCACCAAAAUCAGACGAGACUAACUAUGAGGAUCUGACUACUCAGCAGAUGUCUUCUGCUACUCUCGGUACUCGUACAUCUGAAGGACAGGAGCGGAAGGAAGCAUGGAAGGAGAGGAAUCACCUCUGUUCUGAGUGUGGGAAGGGUUUUACACUGCAGAGUAGCCUCCAACGGCACCGGCGCAUCCACACAGGAGAGAAGCUCUGCUACUGCCCAGAAUGUGGGAUGAGUUUUCGUGAAAGAGGUGCUCUCAGAAUACACCACCGCACUCACACCGGAGCCAGGCCUUAUCGCUGUUCAGAGUGCGGGAAGUGUUUCAGUGUUGGAGGCACUCUCAAAAAACACCAGCGCAUUCACACAGGAGAGAAGCCGUACCGCUGCACGGACUGCGGGAAGAGCUUCACCCAGCAGAGCGGCCUGCAGGGACACCAGCGCAUUCACGCAGGAGAGAAACCGUUCUACUGCUCAGAGUGCGGGAUGUGCUUUAGUGAAAAGGGGAAUCUCAAAAGACACCAGCGCAUUCACACGGGAGAGAAACCGUAUCGGUGCUCAGAGUGCGGGAAAGGUUUUAGUGAGAUUGGUCACCUCAGAACACACCAGCGUGUGCACACGGGGGAGAAACCGUAUUUCUGUUCGGAGUGCGGCCGAAUAUUCAGACAUUCGAGUAGUUUGAAGAGACACAAAUGCACGAAUGAGGAGCCGAGAAUGCACGAUGACGUGUGAGGCCUAGUCCGCGCGUACAUGGGUAUUUUUUAAAGCAGGGACAUUUAUUAGCUCCAGUGCUCAGCACAUGUGUUCUGCUACUCUUGGUACUCGUACAUCUGAAGGACAAGAGCAGAAAGACAGGUGGAAGGAGAGGAAUCACCUAACAAGUCCUGUUUUGGCUACACACAGCGUUGAGGAAAAUCGCCUCAUGUAAACAAAGGAAAUAAAACCAAAACAAACAAAAAACUCUGUUUUUUCUGUCUACACUGCAAACACCGAAAAUGGAGUUUCUGAAUAUCUUCACCCUCGAAUGAAUUCUGCAAAAGCCCAGUUUUCAGCGACCUAAGAUGCAGCUUGCAUGUGGAGAAGAGAGUAAAACGUAAAGAAACUACUAUGGUAUAAAAAAAUACCUGUGUGACUGUGGACAAGGCCGAGUCUGUCAAAUCAAGAAGUACCUUUUCUGUGCAUGUGCUGGUCGUGAUGCCUUUAAGCUUAAUGUAUGCAUGAAUGUUGUUGAUUUACUGAUGAUUUUUUUUUUUGGGCUACACAAUAAAAGAAACUUAUCUACUUUAGUGUCUUUCAUUUAGCUUGGCUGUUUUAUUGU